AUGUCCGGACGGCGAGACACCAUGCGAGAGAGGACACCAGCGGCGACUGAACACUGGGUGGACUGCCAAUAUGCACCCAGGAUUGUCCAGACGACCUCUCCUACAGUACAGCGGCUCGGACAUCUGCACAUUUGCCCGUCGCGGCAGCCCACAACGGGACCAGGCCCGCAUCGCCUAACUCUCCUCGACCUCCCUUACGAGCUUCGCCUAGACAUUUACGAGCUCCUGCUCCUGGCUACAGACCCAAUCAUCGUGUCCAGCCACAGACGCCAACUGCGUGUGAAGGUCGAGCCGCCAGAGCACCGGAUCGCCUAUCAGCGUGCCCCUCGGCCAAGGCCCCGUGUCGUGACACUCACUUCCAAAAAACCCCACGUCGAUAUUUUGCAGACGUGCAAGCAGGUCAACCACGAAGCCACCCCUCUCCUCUACCGUGGGAAUGACUUUAUCGUUGGACUAAGACUCGGUGGGAGGAGAGUAACAAGAAUUGAGCCCGCAGACCUGGCGGGCUUCUUCCUCUGCUCUCUGCGCCCUACUACGUUGCUCCAUCUAUCCUCCCUGAACUUUAGAGGUGCCUGCCAGUGCGACCAAUGGCUCUCCCUGCCUGCUACAGCUGGUUAUUCUGUUACUGGCAAUGAGCUUGUUCGCGUGUGCUCUGAUGCUUGGGACUACCACCAGAUGGCGUACUUGAUCAUUAGCAACGCUCUGUGGAACCUUGAGAAAGGUGAGUGGUUCUACUCGUCCAUGACCGGCUUUCAUUCAGACGCUUGUGCUAAGAUGCCUUUUUAA